GCCUGUGUAGAUGUAAUCGUCUCCGGUGUGAAGCUGUUGCAGGCACUUGGUCUUGAUCCUGGGGAUGGGAAAGAUCAUGCUGUCUUGAAUUCCAGAAAGGACCUGAAAGAAGCCUUCAUCCAUUUCAUGCAGAAAGGGGCAGCUGCUGAGCGCUUCUUCAGUGAUGCGGAGACCUUCGAUCACAUUGCACGAGCAGCGUCAGACUACCCUGGGGCACAGCUCUAUGUGGGAGGAAAUGCUGCCCUAAUUGGUCAGAAACUUGCAAGAAAUCCAAACCUGAAGAUCCUUCUUUGUGGUCCAGUUGGUCCUAAACUCCAUGAACUACUUGAUGAUAAUGUAAUUGUCCCACCAGAAUCUAUGCAGGAAACUGAUGAAUUCCACCUUAUCUUGGAGUAUCAAGCAGGUGAAGAAUGGGGACAGUUGAGAGCUCCCAAUGCAAACCGCUUUAUUUUCUCCCAUGACCUAUCAAAUGGAGCCAUGAACAUGCUGGAGGUGUUUGUGUCCAGCCUGGAUGAGUUUCAGCCAGACCUUGUAGUGCUCUCAGGGCUUCACAUGAUGGAAGGGCAGAGCAGGGAAGUGCGUGAGAAGAGACUUCUGGAGGCUGUGACUACCAUCUCUGAUAUCCCCACUGAUAUCCCCAUACAUCUGGAAUUGGCCAGUAUGACUGACCAGGAUCUCAUGAGCAAGAUUAUGAAUCAGCAGGUCUUCCCCCUGGUGAACUCUGUCGGGCUAAAUGAACAGGAGCUGCUGUUCCUCACCCAGUCAGCCUCUGGUCCUCAUGCCUCCCUUGGUUCCUGGAAUGGAGUUCCAGAUGUGGGCAUUGUCAGUGACAUCCUUUUCUGGAUCCUGAAGAAGCAUGGAAGGAACAUGGACAAGGCAUCUGAUCUUACCCGCAUCCACUUCCACACACUGGCCUAUCACAUUCUGGUUACAGUGGAUGGGUAUUGGGGCAACCAGAUAGCUGCUGUGGCUGCUGGAGCCAGAGUGGCAGGGACACAGGCUUGUGCAACUGAAACCAUUGUUACUGACAGAGUCUUUCUUAAAGCUCCCUUGGAGUUUGUGACCUCCCGUACAGAGGCACCCUCCAAAAUCUCUUUAAAUCCAGGUGAUCCAGUGGCACACUGGCACAGAGAGGGAAUCUCAUUCCAUUUCACCCCUGUUUUGGUGUGUAAAGAUCCCAUCCGGACCGUGGGACUUGGAGAUGCUAUUUCAGCUGAAGGACUCCUAUAUUCAGAACUAUACCCUCAGUAGGCUAUGGAAACGAGACGCCUUUUUCUCCAAGAAUAUAGUGUCUGAGGAAAUAUGGUGUUCUCAAGGGGAUUUCAGACAGUAAGGUGGGGGGUGGAAUUUGGGAUAUUAAACAGUCUCUGGAUAUUAUCUGAGAAGAGCCAAAGAAUAUAUUCUAACCACUUGGCAGUGA